AUCUAGUCCGCCGCCAUAUUUAAAUUAUUUUGGAAAGCAAUCUGCAUAAACAUGCCGAAAUCUAAGAAACGAGCAAGUAAGGAACUAGUAUUUUGUAAACUUAACGAAGAUAGAAACAGUGGUUUCCUUUGUGAUGUCGAAAUAUUAGCAGACAGUAAAUCAUACAAUGCCCACAAGGUAGUUCUGGCAACUCAUAGUCAAUAUUUUCGCACAAUAUUCAGUAGCGAUUCUUUUGAGGAGUGUCGGAACAAUGUAAUUAGUCUUAAUGGACUAAAUAGCAAGGCAUUUAACAUUGCUCUUGAGUACAUAUAUGGCAGGGACGUUGACUUUGAUUUUGAUGUCAUAUUUGAUGUCUUGGAUAUUGCUGAAUAUCUAUGCAUUCCCGCACUGAAGGACAAAUGCGAUGGCUUUCUCCGACGACAGCUAAGUGCGGUUGUAGAAUCGGUUACAGAAAUUAAAUGCAGUGUUUUUGAACUUCUCUGUGCAGCUGAUGCGUAUAAACUAGUCAAGUUGAAAGAAACGACACGUAUUAAUAUCCUGAGAGACUUUACAAACAUUUACAGAAUUCCUGAACAAAACUUUGCCCAGAUAAGCUACGAAGUUCUAUUAUCCAUUAUAAGUUCAAGUCAAUUGAAGGGGAUGGAAAGUGAUAUUUUGGACGCCGUUUUGUACUGGCUUGUACACAACAGUGAUAGCAUAGAUCUUGAAAAUAUCACCUUACUCCUUGAAGAAAUACGUUUCCCACUCAUGUCUGGGACCGAGCUUGCUAGCACCAUCUCUUUGUUGAGAAAAUUUUUCAUUGACCAACCAAAGUUGAAUGCAAUAGCACUUGGCUAUGUUGACGAAGCAGUGAUGUAUCAGCUUAAGAAAGAAAGUCAGUCGUUCCUUCAAUCAGCAAGAACAAUUCCAAGAUAUUCCAAUAAAGAAGAUAUCGUGUAUUGCAUUUCUUCGUUUGUACCCAGUGAGCAGAAGAUGAAGGACGAAGGAGUGCCAUGCUUCAUAUGCUAUGUCAACGACCAUGAUAGAUGGUACACGUUAGCUCCCCCGCCCAUACCAACCGGAUAUAACUCAAUGUGUCUAAUGAAUCAAAGCUCGUGUGUUGUGAUAUGUGGAAUCCUAUUCUGUGUGUUUUGUCCUUUAACCCAAGGCCCUAUCGUUGCUGAACAAGGAAAACCGGCUCUCUUGGUUAAGUACGAGUUAGAUACCAACUCCUGGAUGAGGUGUGCAGACAUUCCAUCAAACUCUGAUGAUAUCUAUCUGGCUGAGAAAAAUGGAAACAUAAUAGCGAUGUGUAUGACGAUCGACCCUGGGCAUUCAGAUGAUGGCUUUUAUGAGUACGAGGCAGAGAACGACCAAUGGUGUAUUCUAUGGAAUGUACCUCUUUUACCAAACGUAACUGAUUUGUCCCAACAGCCGUGCGAUGUUGGGUUCACGUGUGUCGGCGAUAGUUUGUACGUCUUGGGCGGACAGGGGCCAGGGAAUCUUAUGAAACUAUUUCAAAUAUUUAAUCUGGUCUCUGAAGAUUCCUGGUGGCAAAACAAGGCACCAAUGCUUGCGCGAUACCGACGUUCAAGACAAAGCGAAGCCCCGAGAAAAGAAUGGAGACUCCAAACCCGAGAUGACAACAUACUUGUUCUCAACGCAGAGAACAAGGAUAAUCUCGCAAUAAACAUCUACAGAACAAAAAAGGACUUCUGGACCACCCUUAUUCUGGAGGGUAAUCCGAACAAUGAUGAAGAUAUCAUCAACGAAAGCCCCCCAAAGUUUAUAGGCAACGACAAGCAGCUUAAAAUGGUGUACAUAGCUAACAUGGAUACUGUGUAUUUCACACAAGGAGAGGCGACAGAGAACUGUGGUGUGCGACUAACCUACAGCUAUGAUCUCACAAAGAAUGUAUGCAAAUCCAGAAAUCUCCGGUCACUUUCUUUAUCAGGAGAGCUGUCAACACAUCUGAUAAGAAGUGUUCUUAGCAGCUCUAGUGAAACUUGAUGCUAUG